GAUGAAAUUCCCCUAUCUUCGAAUAAAACGGGUAAAAAUUUGCCAGAUAAGCUAUGUGAUGAGUUUUUCGGCGUUUAUUGUCUCAUUAGCAGGAGUUCUAAUAAAUAUUAUAAGAAUCGUUGUUAUAUCGGUUAUACUGUUGAUCCGAAUCGUCGCAUUAGGCAGCAUAACGCUGGUACGCAGUUUGGUGGUGCUAGUAGGACUGAUCAUCGUGGCCCAUGGGACAUGGUUUUGAUUAUUUAUGGUUUUCCAAAUAGCGUAUCAGCUUUACGCUUUGAAUGGGCUUGGCAGAAUCCAGAUAAAUCGCGCCGUUUACGACCAUUAGAAUUAAAAAAAUCACAAAAGGAAACUGCAUUCGCAUUUCGCCUUCGCAUCGUUUGCUGUAUGCUUAAUACUGAACCUUGGAAACGGCUGUCAUUGACAUUAAGAUGGUUAAUGCCUGAAUGUGAAAUUCCUUUUAGCCAUCGUUUACCUGAACAUAUUGCUAUUGAACAUGGUGUUAUCAAGAAAAGUUGGAUAAUGGUAAAGGAAUCAAUGGAAAACGCCAAAGCAAUUUGCAAUUGCGUCAUAUGCGAGCAGAAAAUUAUCAGUCUUACAGAGCUGCUUCGAUGCGUAGAAUGUUCAUCGCAUUUUCAUAUGGAAUGCUUGGCAAAAACUGUUUUGAAAAAAAAUGGCGAAUACAACAAUUUCUUAUUUCCUGUUGGUGGAUCGUGUCCAGUUUGUUUUGCUAAAUUUUUGUGGGGAAAUAUGAUUCGCGAUCAGCGAGCAGUCUUAGCACUUAUUAAUUCUUCAAGUGGAGAUAAGUUGCUAACCGAAGUUCCUGUAGGAAAACUUGUCAGAACUUGA